UUACGCAGCUGUUGAGCUCGAGUCCCUACCUGCAGCAGCAGGAGCAGGAGCAGGAGCAGGAGCAGCAGCGUGAUGCAGCAGCAGCAACUGCAAUAGAUGCAAGCAAGUGUUUCUCUCCUGUAAAAACCUGCAGCAGCAGCAGCAGCAGCAGAAGCAAAAUCCGUACAAGAAGGCGCAUACUGCGUGCAGCAGCAGGAGGCGCAGCAACAGCUGCAGCAGCGGGGGACACUGCAGCAAGCGGACUCGAUACAGCAGCAACAGCAGCAGCAGCAGCUGCUGCUGCUGCACCGACCCGUCAGCCGUCUAUCGCAGCAGAAGCAGCAGGAGCAGCAGGAGCAGCAGCAGCUGCUGCUGUUGUUGCUCUUGACCUCUCAUGUACUAAGACCAUAGGGGAGAAGAGGCAGCGCUGUGCUGAGGAAAUUCCCUGCAGCAGCAGCAGCAGCGAAGUCCGUACUCCUCGUAAUACAGAUACAGCAGCAGGAUCAGCAGCAUCAGCAGCAGCAGCAGCAGCAGCAGCAACACCAACAGCAGCAGCAGGAGGAGGAGGAGGACAUAAUACACCAUCCUUGUUACCUCCUUUAUUAGGUAUGCGUUUACCUGAGGCAUUACAAGAGCAUAUAGUAGGUAGUACAUCAACAAGUGCAGCAGCAGCAGCAGGAGCAGCAGCAGCAGCAGCAGCAGGUAUAUCAAGAGUAACAACAAGAUUAGUAGAUUGUUGUGAUGCAAUAUAUGGUGAUGUUGGUUACUUAGUUCCUUUAUUAAUAAAAAAUAAACAAAAAAAGAAUAAAAAAGAAGAAGAAGGUGUUGCUUUCUAUAGGCAUAAUGAUCCAUUAGAUAUCUACUCUGUUGCACCUGAAUCAGUAUUACCUCCUAGUCAGCAGCAGCAGCAGCACCAGCACCAGCAGCACCAGCAGCAGCAGCAGCAGCACCUGCUCCUGCAGCAGCAGCAUUCGCUUAGUCCUACUGCAGCAGAAGCAGCAGCUGCUGCUGCAGCUGCUGCUGCUGCAGCUGCAGCAGGUGGUGGUGGUGGUGCUGCUGCUGCUGCAGAGUCCCAGCAGCAACAGCAACAUAGGUCCUCACGCGCGUUGCUGCUGCAGCAACAGCAGCAGCAACAACACCAAGCUUAG